ACUAGCGUCGCGACGCCGCUUUCCGACGGACGCAGCUUUCAACACGGCAAUGUAACGCGCAGUUUCGUCGCUGCUCAUAUCGUUCAUUUCACGUUGUUUUUCAUCCACAGCGUUUGAACUACUUGUUUGAUCGCAUUUGUUGCGCGCCUACACAUCCAUUGUUGCACAGACCUUCGCCGCUGAAAAAUGAGCUUUUUCAACUCAUUGUCUGAGUAUGUCACCAAUAGCGUGGCGGGAUUGUCGCUGAGCCCCAAACGGUUCUCACUGAGUCGCACCGACACCUCCGAAAGUUCAACGGGAGUGUCGCCCAACUCGCGCAGUAAUUCAGGCGACAGCAACACACCCGGAUUUCCCAAGGUGGUACCUGCGCCCGGAGCCAUCGCUUUGGUGCAGCGACGGCGCAGCACCCUCGAGGCUCUGGUACCCACACCGCCAGUGCGCAGGCCCGGCUCCUUUCGAGUGCGCUCGCCCAAAACUGCGCAGGAACGUCUGUCGAAUUUCUGUUGCAGGCGCCUCAGUUGGCCUGAAAUUGACCAUCAGGUGCGCUCAGGAGUCCAAGACAUCGAUGGCUCCUACUUUGAGAGCUUCACAGCGCUGGCUUGGAAGCAGGAGAAUCAGCGCCAGAGCGUGCUGCGCAAUGCUGAAGCGGUGGCCUCAGAAGCGCCUCCUCCUGAGCAGGACUUGGGCAUCAAUCCCCUGGACUACUCAGUGUCUCAGAACGAAAAGGAUAAGCUCUACGUGGAGAUGCUCUAUACUAUCGCCAAUACCGUGGGGGCGCCGGCCCCUGGGGGCCAGUAUGCGCACUACAAGGAGGACUUGUAUCUCUAUGGACAAAGGGCUUUUGGGGUGCCGGCCGAUCGCCAUUAUCGAAUGCUGCAUGUGGCCGGCGAAGAACAGCCGCCCAUUGUCGUUCUGAGCGUCAUUGUGGUGGAGGCCGAGGGCCUGGAGGCCAAGGAUGCAAAUGGAUUUAGUGACCCCUACUGUAUGUUGGGGAUCCAGCCGAUGGCCGCCCCCAGCUCCCCACAGCCGCUUACCCCCAAUCGCACCCUAUCGGACGCCUGCUCCCCAUGUGGCAUUGGGGGCAGCAUUGGCGACCUCAACCACAGUGGCGGCGGCGAAAAAUUGAGGAAACAUCACAGCUUCAAGCUGAGCUUCAAACGGAAGGAGGGCCGAGUCAGGGAGCACCGGGACAGUUUAGGGGGCGCUCUACCAGCCAAAUUCAUCAGGGCGACAUCCGUCAAACCGCACACUUUAAACCCGAAAUGGAACGAGAAGUUCCGAUUUGACAUUGACGACAUCAACAGCGAUUCGCUCCACUUGGACAUCUGGGAUCAUGAUGACGAAAGUUCCGUGCUAGAAGCGGUGAGCAAGCUGAACGAGGUGCGAGGAGUGCGAGGUUUGGGCAGGUUUUUCAAGCAAGUGUGCCAAUCGGCCCGCCAAAGUUCCCAGGAUGAUUUCUUGGGCUGCGUCACGAUUCCUCUGCAGGAUAUUCCAUCCACCGGACUGGAGGGCUGGUUCAAGCUGGACGCCCGCUCCCAAAGAAGCACCGUCCAGGGAAGAAUUCGCCUGAAAAUGUGGCUGUCGACGAGGGAGAACCGCGGAAUUGCAGACGACGACAACUGGACAGAGCUGACACAACACGAGAGCCUCUAUGCCACUUUCGUGGAUUACGAGCUGAAAAACUGGAACAAGGAGACGUGGUGUUGGAGUGGAGACUUGCCCGGACCUGCCCUGACCAUCCUGCACCAGCACGCUGUCCAAGGCGAUUUAACCGAACUCCAAACGGCGCUCGCUCGCUUUGUAGCUGCGUCCCGAGUCUAUCUGAAAACUCCCCUGGAUCCGCGCUGGAUGCUGCAGCUGCUCACAGACGUCGAGGACUCCUGGAACAACUUCACUCUGACUCGCGAGGAGGAAAUGUGGCUGGCCGAGAAAUACACAGCGAUGCAAGAGCGGUGGUUGCAACAGCUGCGCCAUCAUCGGCAACUCUUCCCCGCCCUCCAUCCAGCCUCCCUUUCCCGGCUGGAGUAUCUGCUGCGCUGUUUGGCCUAUUUGUCCAACAUGAAAUCCUUCUGGAAAUGCUGCCCGUUCAACAAAGAGAUCAGGGGCGAGAUCGUGGCGACGCUGCGCAAAGGCACCCCCGAAUGGUUCAACGGGCUGCGCAAUGUGAUCAUGAACCCGGAGGAAUACGACACUUCCUUUGUGGACUUCUGCUCCGAAGUCUACGUGCAGCUGAAGCACGGCCUCAACCACUACCAUCCAUUAUUCGAGGGCACCAACGGCAUCCCGUACUUCAGUGUGGUGUUCAAGCAAAUCGACAAACUAAUGGCAGACGAAGUGAUCAACUUCCUCAACCAGAAUGAGCAUCCAGAUGCCGCCUACAGUCGGCUGAUCUUCGCCAUCUACAUGGAGGUGAAGGAUCUGGCCACUCUGCACCAGCAUCUGCCAUCCGGGGGCGACCACAAGCUGCUGCUGGUCAGGUGCCAUGAAUGGUUCGACCCCUCAGUCAGCCACUGGUUGAGUAUUUGCAAAGGGAAGGCGUUGCAAAGGGUGAGAACGGCUGUAGAUCUGCAGAAGCCCUGCGACGGCGACAAGCUGGUCAAGCACAGUUCCUCAGCUGUAGACGUGGUGGCCAUGUUCUGCCAGUUGAGGGACUUUUGGCGGCUGCUCCAGUGGCCGAAAGCGCACUCUGUGUGUCUUCUGUCCCAGCUGUUGGACUGCAUCUGCUCCGCUGCGCUGCUCUACGCAGACAUCACCUACCAGGGCCUCAUGGAGACUGGCUACUUCGACCGACUGGGCGAUUUCAAAGUGUGCGACGAAAUGUGCAUCGCUGCCAAUAAUCUGGAAUAUGUGUAUAAAUUCGUUUCGCUGCUAGAGAACUACUUCGACUUUGUCACUCUGGAAACGGUGGCCUCAGAAAUCCACUUUGCCACGCUGACCAACCAGCUGGACAGCACUCUGAGUCAGCUGCAGGUGAGGGUGCUGGACAUACUGAAGCGAGUGGGGCCUCAGAUGCAGGAACGUCUUCGCAAGGCGAUGUUUCACGUCGCAUGGUCGCCGGACAGUUUGCCCACUCAGGAGGCUGUUGAUCGCUUGUUUGAGUACUUGCACGCCCAUCUGAAGACCCUCAAUUACUUGCUGUUGCCUCAGAACUUCCAGAAGGUGCUUGGAGAGGUAUGGGAGUACACAUUAGCAGAGUUAAACCAUCAGAUGGACAGUGGCGCCACUAACGAAGACCUGCCUGCCAUGUUCCAUGAAAGACUGCACUCCGCCCUGGAACUGAUGGUAGAUUUCUUCCAUGCUGAGGGCCAAGGACUGACCACCGAGCAGCUGCACUCAGCCACCUUCUCCUUGAUCGAGCGCCAGCUUCAGUACCAUCGCACCGAAACCGAGAAGCUGAUCGAGGUGUUUUAUGGGCAGAGGCUGCAGGAGCAGUACAGCAUCACUAGCAGCCCCUACGGGAACCUAGCGGUCAGGGCCUACUUCAAUCAUGAUUCCCUAUGCGUCGAAGUGCUGCAUGCGCGCGACAUAAUUCCUCUGGAUCCGAACGGAUUUAGUGACCCCUUUGUCAUCAUUGAGCUGCUUCCGAAGCGCACUUUUCCGCACUGCAACGAGCAGCAGACCAACGUGCAUAAGAAGACGCUGCAUCCGAUUUUCGAUGAAUGUUUCGAGUUCAGCGUCACAUUGGAACAGUGCAAGUCACCCAGUGCGAUGGUCGCCUUCACCGUAAUGGACCAUGAUGUCCUAACAGCCAACGACUUUGCAGGCGAAGCCUUUCUAGCGCUGGCCUCUAUUUCUGGCGUAGCUGAGAACUCGUCGGCUGAUAAUUUCCAUGGGUUGAAGCCGGUCGAGUUGGUUCUGAUGCAGCAGCACCAGAAAAAUCAUCCAGUGCUGCAGAUUCUGGAAUCGCGCCCCGCUGACCGAAUGGCGGCGGAAUUCCUGAGGAAACAGCGACAGCGGAUGGCCAUCAAGUAAAGCAAAGCGGGGUAACUCUAAGCUAUAAUAUAACUUUAAAUAUUUGGCAAUCGGAGCCUUUAAACCGGACCAUUUAGAGGCUCCCGAUUCGAGUGGCUCUACAUAGUUUUUGUACUCUUUCACUACUCUAAAAGAUUACGAGUGCUAGUUCUAUUUUUUCUACGAAAAGUAUGUCACAUUUGACACUGAUGAUGAUCAUUCUUCACUAGGUAUCAAUUAUUCUUGCACUGACUGUUUACGCCCAUUUUGUAUAUACGUUUUCGGAUCCGUUCUCAUUGGAUGGUUAGUCUAAGUCUCGCGCUGUUCCAGUUUUUAAGUUUUCCUCGCGAGUUUCUUCCAGCAUUUAUCAACCAACUAUUGACUAUUCGGGACGCUUUGAAACUCACCAGUUGCAAGCAACUAUCUGAGGCCUUUCGACCCAUCAAUUUUCUACCUGUCUGUGUUUCACUCGGUUAAAAUUAGCACUAAACAUCGUUUUUUCUUCAUUUAAUAUGCAGAUAAUACUCGGUAGCCUUUGUUGAAAAUCUGCUGAUAUACAGCGGGUUUGGCCGAAAGCUUUGCCAUUUCAGGCCACUGCCUGCCAAAUAGCAGGCAGACGUAAUGUGGGUUGCCGACUGUCCGGCGACAAACACGAGCAGGCAGUGGUUUGGGAACCCAAAGACUCUGGCCAAGCAUGUACGGAACAGAGAAUUUGCUUAUUGUAAGUUAAAUAUCGUUAAACAAUAUCUACACAUUUUAUAUUGUUAAGAUUGUUAACUAUUGUGCUUUUAGAGAUAAAUCCCCCACGCUUUGACUCAUUUAGAGGCAACCACGUUCGUCAGUAUAGACAAUCCUUGAAUCCAACAAUGAAUCAAAUCAAAUGAAUUUUACACGAAACUGAAUCCCUAUGAAAGUCAAUAAAUGAACGUUUCGAUCUCAAAACCAUUAUCAAAAUACCGAAUUGCAUAUCCGUCAAAAGAAAAACAACCUGGCUUACGUAAAUUCUACAGGGUGUUAUUUUACAAUCAAAAUAUAUAUGUAAUAGGCGCUUUUUAAAUAUUAUAUGUAUAUCUUGUACUAUAGGACCUACAUUGGGUUGUUAUCGGUUAUGCAUGACAUUGCAAGCACGUUUUUGCCCCCAUUCGCACAAUGCAUCGUUUACCCUCAAGCAGUUAAUUCAUAACCGAGCAACAACUUGCGACGAAAAUGGAUUAUAAAAAAAUAUCUAAAUAAAUGUAAUUAAUUAGGCUUAUAACAAUAAUUGUCUGCAGCCAUGUGAAGCUACUGGCAAAACCGCGCGUGUUUAAAUGGCUUUCGGUGAGUGUUUCAUUCCCUAAGCAUCCUUUAACUAAACCUAAACACCCGGCUUCGGUUCGAUUUCAUUCUGAAAUCCUCACACUGGAAUCAAAUCGCACAAAAAUCAUCCUGUAUUUGCACAUUUUUCUGUACAGUUACAGCCUAUGCUCUAUGUCAAUUGAAAUAUCAAUCAUAAUGUGUAAUAUUGAUUACCGUUUAACUGUACCUAAAUGUGAUAUAAUACAUAUAUACUUUGACUUCGUCACAAAUAAACUGGUCAAAGGAGAA